GGAAAAAAACAGAAAAAGAAAAACCCUCAAUUGCCGACUCUCCGACGUUUCGAAGCAGAAACUCAAACCGGGAAAAAUUGAAUCCAGCUAAUGGUGCGAAUAAGCCAAUCGCUUCUGAAGGAAGCGGGCUCUGGUCUCACCAAAACUCUCUCCGAGAUCCUGGUCUGCCCUCUCUCCAAACAACCUCUAAGGUAUUGCGAGGCGUCGAAUUCUCUAAUCAGCGAUACGAUUCGUGUUUCUUUCCCUAUAAGGGGCGGAGUUCCUUGCUUGGUGCCAAAGGAAGGAAGGAUAAUCGAAACUGACGAUGGAUUGAAAGGUGAGGAUACCGUCGAGAUUCCUCGAGAAAAAUGAGCUAUGCUUGUUUGGGAGCGGAAGACAAUUUUUAUUUCUUGAGCUGAAUAGUGAGAAUAGAUGUCAACCUAAUGGCACUACACCUGUGUGUUUAUGCUUUGAAGUUUCCACUUUAGAAUGAUUUGAAUGGUCUCAUUUCCUGAAAAUUUCUGGCGUUGCCCAAUAAAAUAGUCAGAUCAGACUACUUGUCCAUCUUUCUUUU